CAUUGAUAAUCAUAUCGGUAACUUUUCGGUUAAUUCCUUUUAGCUACACGGUUAUUGUUAAUAUAGACAUGACUCGAGGUUGUAAAUGUACGUCAUCUUUGGAUUAAUAAGCCGAGCACGGUUGUGUAUCGAAAAUCAGUGCGCGGUUAGGGAUUAAUCCCGAUUUUUAUUCAGCAAAAUGGCCACAACUGGCCUGGUCGUUGGAGACUACGUCUGGGCAAGUCAAGUGAGCAAUGGUGAGUUCGACAUCCCAGUAGGAGGAAAAAUAGUUGCGAUCGAGUCGAGCCGAGUGAAAAUUGUGGACGAUGAUGAAAAACAAGUGUACGUGUCCAAACAGCAGGUGCUCAAGCUGAUGCACAUCAGCUCAGAAAUGGGUGUGGAUGACAUGAUCAAUCUGGGAGAUUUACAGGAGUAUGCCAUCUUGAGGAACUUGCACAAACGAUAUAAGGAAAAGAAGAUAUAUACUUAUACGGGUACCAUGUUGGUGGCGGUAAAUCCUUACGAAUUUUUGCCGAUUUACACCAACAGCUUGAUCAACGAAUACAAAGACAAGACAUUUGAUGAGCUGCCGCCUCAUAUUUUUGCUGUGGGAGACAACAGCUACAAUGACAUGAAAAAAACCAGGAAAAACCAAUGCAUUGUCAUCAGUGGAGAAUCGGGGGCGGGUAAAACCGAGAGCACCAAACUGAUCUUGCAAUAUUUGGCUUCGACCAGUGGGCAGCACUCUUGGAUCGAGCAGCAAAUUUUGGAGGCCAACCCCAUUUUGGAGGCUUUCGGAAAUGCCAAAACCGUCCGGAACGACAACUCGUCCAGAUUUGGCAAAUACAUUAACAUCGACUUCAACACUCAAGGUGCGAUUGAGGGCGCCAAAAUAGCGCAGUAUCUUCUCGAGAAAAGUCGCAUUGUUUCGCAGAAUGAGGGCGAAAGGAACUACCACAUAUUCUACAGUAUGCUAGCUGGUUUGCCCAAAGAGGACAAGAAGAGGUUGGGUUUGAGCGACCCUGAAGCUUAUGAGUAUUUGAUUGGUGGCAAAACUUUGAGCUGCGAUGGGCGCGAUGAAGCAAAGGAAUUUUCCGAAAUUUCGGGCGCUUUGAAGGUGCUGAACUUCAGCGACAAGGAAUCCAACGAAAUUUUCAUUUUGCUGGCUGCGAUUCUGCAUUUGGGAAACUUGAGGUUCAAGUCUGGCUCCUCAUCGCACUCGGAAAGUUCCGACGUUGCCGAUCAAAACCUGAACGAAAGAAUCUCCUCAUUGCUCGCUGUGAGCAAAGUGGAGUUGGCCGAAGCCUUAACAAAACGCACUAUUUAUGCACACGGAGACACUGUGGUGGCCACAUUGUCCAAACAACACGCUGCAGAGUCAAGAAACGCCUUUUCCAAAGGAAUUUAUGGCAAGAUGUUCAUAAUGAUCGUGAACAAAAUCAACGAGGCAAUUUAUCGGCCGAAAAUCCCCCAUAAAAAGUGCAUUGGCGUGCUGGAUAUUUUCGGUUUCGAAAACUUCAAAGUGAACAGCUUCGAGCAGUUGUGCAUCAACUACGCCAAUGAGAAUUUGCAACAGUUUUUCGUGCAGCACAUUUUUAAACUCGAACAGGACUAUUACACAAACGAAGGAAUCAACUGGUCGAAAAUCGAAUUCAUUGAUAAUCAACAGGCUUUGGAUAUGAUCGGGUUAAAGCCCAUGAACGUUCUGUCGCUCAUCGAUGAGGAAACGAAGUUUCCCAAAGGAACUGACUUUUCAAUGCUGACGAAACUGCACGGCCAACAUGGAGGGAAUAGAUAUUAUUUGAAACCCAAAUCGGAUAUGACGCCGUCGUUUGGCAUACAGCAUUUUGCCGGUUCGGUGUUUUACGAUGUACCUGGCUUCCUGGACAAGAAUCGAGAUUCCUUUAGUCAGGACUUGAAAAAUCUGAUCGCGAAGACUAGAAACGACAUGCUCAGGAACAUUUUCCAGGACGAAUUGGGCCAGGAGGCCAACGGCAAGAAAAUGGUGACUUUGUCUUCUCAGUUCAAAACGUCUUUGGAGCUGUUAAUGAACACGUUGGGUUCAUGCCAUCCGUUCUUUGUCAGAUGCAUCAAGCCCAACGAGCUGAAGAAACCCCAAAUUUUCGACCGAGCUUUGUGCUGCAGACAAUUGCGGUACUCGGGAAUGAUGGAAACGGCUAAGAUCAGACAGGCUGGUUACCCCAUUAGGUAUACCUAUGAGGAAUUUGUGGAUCGGUUCAGAUAUUUAGGGAAGGCAAUAUCACCAUCCAGCAAGGGCGAUUGCAAGGAAUCAACCAAGAAAAUAUGCGCGCAGAUUUUCCAAAAUGGUGAAGAUUUCCAGUUGGGACACACGAAGAUUUUUUUGAAACAUAUUGAUAGUGAGAAGCUGGAAGAGUUGAGGUCGCAGCUACUAGCCAGGUAUAUCUUGGUUCUGCAAAAAGCAAUCAAGGGAUGGAUUCAACGAAGGAGGUUCCUCAGACUCCGGGCCGCGGCCAUCGUUUUCCAGAAGCAUUUCCGAGCUCGCGGUUUCCGAAGCAGAUACUUGAAGCUCCGAAAUGGAUACCAGAGAUUGCAGUCAAAACUCCGAUCUCGGCUACUCUGUGUCGAAUACCAGACGAAUCGGAAAAAUAUCAUUUCCCUUCAAGCGAGAGCUCGAGGUUACUUAUCGCGUACAAAAGGCCCACUCGGUCGCAUCUAUGGAAUAGUGCGCCAGAAAAAAAUUGACGAAGCAGAAUUCAGAAGACUGAAGAAGAAAAACGCGCUAGAAGAGGCGGAAGAGUUGAAACGGAAACGUCUGGCUGAUGCGGCCAUUGAGAACAACGAGCGCCAACUAGAAUACGAAGACGUAGAACCCGGAAAUGAUAAUGCUGCAGCUACCAUAGAUAAAAACUUUGCCUUCUUAGACUCAACGCAAAUAUCGUCCUUUGAGGAUCCCAUUUUAUUAGAAAAACAGCAGUCAACUCACAAAUCUGGAUUUGCUAUGGAUCCGCCUGCAGACAUUGUGGAUAUUUCCGAAUACACUUUCCGCAAAUACGCAGCCACUUAUUUCGCUCAUGGCACGGGGCCGCAACAUUCGCGGAAGCCACCUAAAACUGCUUUACACGAACUGCCCACUCCUGAUGACGUUCUGGCCGCCCAAGCUUUAUGGGCGGCUGUUUCCAGGUUUAUGGGCGACAUGCCUGAGCCCAAAAUUAGUAAAGAAAACGAAGGACCGAUUAUUCCAGUGAUGGCUGAGCUGAAUCAAACGAUCAGCCGAGGAUUCACCAAUCGAAGAGAAUAUCAGCAAAUAGUGAAAGAGGAACAGCGGCAAAUGAACUCGAUUAAGAAGUCCGAUAGGCAGAAGCUGAUCAACAUGACGCUGAAGAGGAAAAAUAAACUGUUGGAGGAUGUUAAGAGGGGUCUAGUGGAGGACACUUUUGCGCUGCAAAGCUACAGCGAUUGGGUGAAUUGUAGGCGUACGAAUAAUUUGGAGAAAUUGCACUUUGUUAUCGGUCAUGGUAUUCUCAGGCCUGAGUUAAGGGAUGAGAUUUUAUGCAUCAUUUGCAAGCAACUCACAAACAACUACAGCCGAUCUUCAUAUGCCCGCGGUUGGAUUCUGCUUUCUCUGUGUGUAGGCUGUUUCCUACCGUCUGAUCGCUUCUUGCCCUACUUGAGGGCGUUUAUUCAGGCGGGUCCACCAGGGUAUGCGCCCUUCACCGAGGGCCGGUUGAAGAGAACCAUGAAGAACGGCAAUCGCACCCAACCGCCCACCUAUCUGGAACUCAUAGCCAACAAGAAUAAGAAGCCGGUGCCUCUUCAUAUCAGUCUGCUGGAUGACUCGGUGUUGGAUAUUGAAAUCGAUUCUGCCACCACAGCCGAGGAAGUGAUCACAGCCAUUUCCAAAGUUCUCAAUCUGAAGGAUACGUUUGGGUUCUCACUGUUCAUCAGCUUGUAUGACAAAGUGAUGUCUUUGGGCAGUGAGAGCGAUCAUGUGCUCGACGCAAUCUCGCAAUGUGAACAAUACUCCAAAGAGUUGGGACACGAUGAGAAGAACAGUCCUUGGAGGAUGUUCCUUCGCAAGGAAAUGUUCGCCCCCUGGCACGAUCCAGCUGAAGAUCCAGUGGCGACAGAUUUGAUUUAUCAGCAGAUAUUCAAAGGUUUGAAGACUGGCGAGUACCGAUCGCCUCAUGACGGAGACGUGGCCACUUUGAUAGCAACGCGCUUCUACAUUGAAGAAGGCGCCCCAUUGAACCCCAAGGUUUUGCAAAGCAGAAUCGGCGAAUUUCUGCCACUGGCUAUUGUAAAGCACGCGCACGGAAAUCUGGAUGACUGGCUGUCGAAAAUAACCGACGCCUUCCAGAUGCUGCUUUGCGUUAAAAAGAAAAUGUUGCCCGCCAAAGCCAAAGAGUUUAUAGUCAUUUAUGGCAAAUCUACAUGGCCGAUAUUGUUCUCCAAGUUCUACGAAGCUCUUCAGAUCUCCGGCCCGGAAUUGCCGAAGAAAAACGUUAUAAUUGCAAUCAAUUGGACCGGCAUUUACAUGAUCGAUGACCAGGAGCAGAUUCUGGCAGAAUUCACUUUUGCCGAUAUAUUCUUUAUUACUUUUGAGCAGUCCAAUAAUAUGCAUAAAGUCCUGUUUACCACCGUGGCCAAAGAAGAGUACGUGUUUCACACCCCAGACGCGAAAGACUUGUGCUCUCUAAUACAGUUCAUUAUAGAUGGAUUGAGGAAGCGAUCAGUUUACUGCGUGGCAACUCAAGAUUACAAGACCUAUCAAUUCCAGCCUGAAGUCGGGGAGUCAUUCCUCUCGUUCAAGAAAGGCGAUUUGAUAACCCUGAAGAACAAUUCCACUGGUAAAACGCUUUUAACGGCCACUUGGGGCUAUGGCGAGUGUAACGGGAAAUCUGGCGAUUUCCACACUGAAAUGGUCUACAUAUUGCCCACGUUAGCGCCGCCUCCUCAAGACAUUCUGGUCUCAUUCAAAAAAGACAUUGUUGUUAGCGAAACCUCCCAAGUGGCUCCCACCAUGUCCACCAUACAACGCAUGAAGUUGUACACGUUGUCCCAUUACGGGGAGGAGCACUUCAGGAGCGCCCGCAGAAUCACCCCCGUUGGAAGGCCUUCAGUGUUCACAGCCGCGCGAAGAAACUCGAAAGAAGAACUGUGGAAAUACACCAACGAACCGAUCUAUCAACCCAUGCUUCAGAAGGUGUCUGACCAUGAAGAGGCCAGCAAAGAAGCAUGCAACAUCUUCACAUCCAUUUUGAGGUACAUGGGAGACCUACCAGCACCGAAAGCCAAAUACUCCAAUGAAUACACCGAUCAAAUCUUCGCCUCCCCGUUGAAGAUCGAAAUGCUGAAAGACGAACUUUACUGCCAGAUUAUGAGGCAGCUGACUUUCAAUAGAAUGUCACUGAGUGAGGAAAAGGGUUGGGAAUUAAUGUACCUCCUCACUGGGCUGUUUGUGCCGAGCAUCAGUUUACUGGAAGAGACCAGGAAAUUCCUCAAGUCCCGAGUUCAUCCCUUCAUCGAGCCUUGUUUGCAAAGGUUACAGAAAACUCAAAAAGUGGGGCCGAGGAAGUUCCCACCUUACUCCAUAGAGGUGGAAGCAAUCCAGGCCAGAAGCAUGGAAAUCUAUCACAAAAUCUAUUUCCCAGACGAUUCGGAUGAGGCUUUCGAAGUGGAUGCGAUGACACGCGCUUCCGAACUCUGCAAGAACAUUUCAGUGAGGUUGGAUUUGGAGGCGGCUGAUGGCUUCAGCUUGUUCGUGGCGAUUUCCGACAAAGUUUUCUCCAUACCUGAGGAUUAUUUCUUCUACGACUUUUUGAGCGAGCUGAUGAACUGGAUGAGGUCCAGCAAACCAAGCUGGGGAAGUGCAGCGCCAGUACAGGCACAGUACCAAGUCUUCUUCAUGAAAAAACUGUGGGUGAACACAGUUCCGGGGAAAUGUCCGAACGCCGACCAGAUUUUCCACUAUCACCAAGAGGUGCCGAAAUACCUCAAAGGGUACCACAAAUGCUCCAAACAGGACGCCGUCAAGCUCGCCAGUUUCAUUCUGAGGGCUCGAUUCGACAGCAAUGAUAAUCAAGUCCAAUCAGUGAUACAAAACAACUACAAAGAGUUCAUUCCGCAAGAUCUCCAAAAGGCGGCCAGUUCUUCGGAAUGGAAAAAAGCCAUUACCUCCGAGUACUUAAAACUGGGAAACAUCAGCAUCGAGCAAGCGAAAGAAGGGUUCCUAAAGGCGAUCUACAAUUGGCCCACUUUCGGUUCCACCUUCUUCGAGGUGAAGCAGACUACCGAACCGUCGUAUCCUGAAAUAGUAAUCAUUGCAAUCAAUAAAAGGGGAGUGAACAUCAUUCACCCGCAAACCAAAGAUAUAUUGGCGAUUCACGAUUAUGCGGAAUUGGCAAAUUGGGGCUCAGGAAACACCUACUUCCAGCUUACCAUAGGAAACAUCAUGAGGAAGACUAAGGUGUUAUGUGAAACAUCGCAAGGCUACAAAAUGGACGACUUGAUCACCUCGUACAUUCGAUUCUUCAAAGGAAGUGGCAAGAAGGAAAAGGAGCAGGUGUCGUUAUUUUGAGCCGUGGAAGCAAAGAACUUACCCCUCGAGAGUCCCUAAACAAUAUGGCCGCAUGAUGAGGAUCCACAAAGGCGUCCGAAGCUCUGUGUAUAUUCGUAGGAAUAAUGGCACCUAAAGAUUGACGUCUUCUGUCUCCAUCCAGCACUUUCUGCUUAAUUUGGGCUCCUGAAAAAAUGGCUCAAUUAGCACUGACAAAUAUGGCCAAUAAAUUCCACAAAACGUUGUUUGGAUCCCACAAUUCAAACUUGUUAAUUAGUUUUUUAUUUAAUAAACUAUCAAAUAAAUGGAUUAUCCAUUAAUAUA